UUGGAAACAUGAUGAAUUCGUCCGUGUAAAAAUAGUUUCCCUUUAAAUCUCUGUCCUUUCCGUCGGGUGUCGAAAUCUUCAGAAUUUUAACAUUUCAUAAUUUGAUUGGAAAUUUCUUUCUCUGUUGAAAAAGGGGUUGGAAUACUGGACAGAAGAUGUGUUUCACCGAAAAAUGGGGCCCUAUCUUUUUGAAAGUCAUCAACGUGAUAUUUUUGAUAUUUGGCCUUGCGCUGAUUGUCCCUGGGGUCUUGAUUCUGGCCAACAAUGACGUAGUCAACAGUAAGGUCCUUCCUCUGAUGAAACAGCUGACCUUUGGAGGGAUCAACAUUGGGGAUAUGAUCAUUGGACUCUGUGUGUCACUCAUAGUCGUCGGGACGCUUGUAAUCUUAGUCAGUCUGUUAGGUCUCAUCGGAGCUUGCUCUGGAAAUCCUGCAUAUUUAGACAUAUAUGGAGGAAUAGUUCUGAUUUUGUUCCUCAUAAAAGCAUUUGCUGUUUUCAUGUGGAUUGAAAACAACUCUAAGUUGGAAACCUGGAUGAAGACAAACCUGGUUUCUUUGCUGAACAAUUAUGGCUCCGAUGACUUGACGACCAGUGAAACCUCAACUUCCUGGAACUACUUGUUUAUGCUGAUGUCUUGUUGUGGAGUAAAUGCGGUGACUGGUAUCAACAAUGACUUUGAUACAUCCGCAUGGAUAACCUCCAGUUCCGCCGGAAGUAAACACAUUCCGACAUCUUGCUGUACUGGUGUCACAUCUGAAACAUACUCAACAUUUACUAACACGGCGUGUACGGACAGCGUCACAUCCGGAUAUAAUACCAAGGGUUGUUAUGACGCCAUCUACACUUCUUUGAGUGCCUACUACAUCAUCUUCAUCGCUGUUGGGGUUACUGUAAUGGUCGUUGAGGCGUUAGCAGUAGUAGCAGCUGUAUCGAAGAAGCACAAUGACAGGUACAGUGAGACGUCUACCAGCGAAGUGGAGGACAUCUUCAAAAAGAAAGAAAAAGUUUAGACCUAAACUGAGGGAAAUGGUCUUUUGUACAGUGCUGUGACGUUAUAACGAUGUUCAUGUCAGCAUCUUUGGUUUUAUACAUGCAUGGUUUUAGGGGUGUCCUGGGAACUAUUUCGAAGUGUGAUACAUGUAAUUUCAAUAAAUUUGUUUUUAACUUAAGAUGUUAUUUCAUGCGAUAAAAUUUCCCAUCAUAAAAAAUGUUUUCAAAGAGGAAAGGGAUAUCAUAUUUUUAAUUAGCUGGAACUAAUUAUAAAUAUUUACAUAUAGAUAAAAGAUUUAAAAAAAAAACCAAUUACAUGUCCAUCACAGGUGUUUGGCACCACUGUACUUUCUCUUUCAUAUACUACAAAAACAAAAGACGACUAGAAUCGCAGAGAUCAGAAUAUGACUGUAAACCAACUUUUAUUCGCGUUCUAGAUAAUUUUGAGAGAUUCGUGACAGCCUCGUCUUUGCUAACAUUAAUUUUCACAGUGAACGAGUUUAUCACUAGUAAUUCAAGAAAUAAAGUCUUCGCAAUAAACGUCACAGAGUCUGUUCAUCUGUUGUACAUGUAUAUCAGUCGGAGACCCAGUGCUUUGCCUUUUCUAUGGCUUUAUCCCAUCUUUUGAAAAGUCUCUGGCGUUCUGCGUAUAAUAUGAAAAUUCAACUUCACUGGAAAGUCAAGAUUUAAUUUGCUUUUGCAUAAAAAAAAAUCAAUAUUAUUCCAUAAUUUUAAUAGUUUUUUUGGGUGCAGCAGUUUCAUAUUUUGAUGUUUCAACUUAAUUUAUAGAAAAUAAUCUAUACCUUGCAAUUCUGUUUGAACUUUACUCAAAUAUGCUUCAACGUUUUACAUCAUGAUGUUAUAUUACUUUUUCUUACGUGACUUUGUUUUUAUAUGAUUGUUGUUUUUUUAUUUUAUGUAUCAUUGAUAUGGGUUGAAAGAAAUAAAACAAGCAAUUACCAUGUA